AUGCGAGCGCCUGCUGCAGGUCGACGUAGUGGCAAAACACCCGCCCCUGCGGCUUUUGGUUUAGAGGAGCCGUCGAUUGCUCAUACAACCUCGACAUUUAGCUUUGAAAAUGAUGUCUUCACAUCGGAUAUCGCUCCAGGAUUCCCCAUAAAAGUAGAACAAACACUGCUUAGAGGCGGGCAGACACGUCAGGAAAUAGAUCCUACUGCUACUAUAAAUAGAUCACCUCGCUUAACAUUGCAACCGAAAGAGACCAUCCCAUCCUUUUUAUUGGACAUUAAUGAUCCUAACGAUGCUACUGGGGAAACUGCCUCGGGGCUAUGGGGGGUAACUGCAGGCCCUACGCAUGCGCCUGCCACCGGGUCUGCGCCCCAUCUAGUUACCACAACGGCACUCCGAGAGUCUAACCUUCUGGGGGCCUUAAGCAACUAUAGCGCGGGAGAUGAUGGCAAGUCCAUUGCAGAACUUUCGCGUCAAACACAUGCUCGUGGGGACAAUACGGCGCAAAGAGCCCUUUUAAGGCAGCAGCUGCAGGACUUUCAAGCAGAACUGGCGGCUGUCAAUGAGUCUCUUCGUGCCACUCAGGUGAAUCUGGACGCACUGAAUAGCGGGGCCCAUCACUUAUGCCUCGAUGUGAGCGCGUUAGAAAAGGAAAAACAAAGUCUACUGCAGAGGAACGACGAGUUCAACAAGAAUAGGAGUGAGAUUGAAGAAAAUACGUGUGCCAUGCGGAACAAACUAGAUCAGGAGCGUACAAUCGAGGUCCAGCAGAGUUUGGACCAACUUUCUGAGAAGCUGCACAGCCAGUACGGUGAGGAGUUGAAACGCCUCCAGAACGAGUUCUCUGAGCGUGAGCAGCGGCUUCAGGCCAUGCGGAAUGACUUUGACGAAAUGAAAGCCCACAUGAUGGCCUCUCCACAGAAGACUGCUGUUCAGCAGCUCAGUGAUGUCAUUUACAACUUGGUAGAAGGCAUCAAAUCUGAGUUCGUUUGUUGGCUCAAGCCGUUGCUACGAGAAAGCAUUGCAACGAAUGUUAUCUCUGCGACUCGGCAGCGGCAUGAUAUAUUUCUCAAGGACCGCAACGAGCGUGAGGAUGCUCUCCGCGCCUACUGCGACCGCCAAACUCGUCGCUUUAGAGAAUUUCACGACAGACAUUGCGCGCAGAUGCAGUGCCGUCGAGACACGGCAUUUGCGGAGCUUUGUCAGCAGUGGAAAAGCGAUCAAAAUGCGCGCUGGCUCGCGAGCCAACGCAGGCUGGAGACCCACCGUGUGCAGAUCGAACUGCAAACACAGCGCGUCCGCCAGGCAGCAGAGGAAAAUCUUGCGCUUUUGCGUGAGCAGGGUUGGCGUAGCGUUGACACCCUCCAAGAGGCGUAUCAGGCUAAGGAGGUGCAGCUUGAGAAAUCCCUUGAAAGGGAUUUUCAGAACUUUGUGGAGCGGGCAGAGGCGGAAAAGCGCUCUCUGAUCAGUGGGCGCCAUCUAAUUCGUUCCUCAUCUGAAAAAGCUUGCUUUAUGGGGAAUGGUGCUGUGGAUUCGAUACGAGCAUUGCCAGCUCUUGAUGAGUUGAAAUCCUCCUUGGAAAGGAUUAAAUCACGGGCGGAUCAAAUAAGAUUUUCAGCCGUUGCCGAGGUCCAUAUGUUGAAAGUCCAUUCCACGGAGGGGCGUGCUCAUGAUACUGUGGGGCAAGGUGUCUUGGAGCAAUCCCUUGGUUCGGGUGCAGCGUGCUCUCUUGCCCAGCAACUCAACCACUACGACAGCAACAUUCGACCCUCGUUGAUGAGGAUGCACAGCAACGUCGCCUCGAUGCAGCAUGCCCUGAACUUGUUCCGCUCUACCCUGCAGAGUAAACAACUUCAGCUGGGCGCCCUACACGACGAAGUAGUCUCCACAAAGCGAGUUUGGGAUGAGGAUAUUCAGCGACAUCUAUCGAGCUCUUUUCUUUUCGGCGGUGAUCACGAUCGGCAGCAUUCGGCCUUGCCGUUCGUCGAGGACCUGGUUAGUGAGGCCAUAUUGGAUCUGCGUGCAAGGCUGGAAGCGGUCAUGGCGCGGCAGGGUCAACUUAAAUGCACACGGCAGGAGCAUUUAGAAAAGAUAGCGGCACAGCUAACGGAAGUGCAAGCACAGAAAGACAAUAAUAGCACCAUCCUGCAUUUAGUCUUUGAGCUCUACGACAGACUCGGCCAAGCUUCUGGUGCUGUGGAAGCACGUCGUCGUCUGAUCGAAGUUUCCGAGACCGAUCUGAGAAAAUCACGACUACAAAUGGAAAAAGAGCACACAGAGCUUACCACAAAGUACAAGCAACUCGAAAACUUCGCUCGCAGACUUCGCAAGCAGUCAAAGUUUCUCCAAACAGUCGGACAGGGUGCUGCCCAACAUCCAAUGCCUUCUACCAAAAGUGGAUUGAUAGAGCGGAAGGGUCCACUAUUCAAUGAUUCUACAUCCGUUCAUCUAAAUCUGCCACCAAAAGCAACCUUAUCCGGCACGUCUGAAAACAGGGAAGAGGCUUGCAGCACACUAUCAGCGGAUAUGUCAACGCCAUCGCAUGCACUUGAGAUGCCAUCCAGCUAG